GGCCACUUGGCUUUGCAGUCUGUGACGGAUGCACAUGCAGGAAGAUCCAUCAGCCUCAGCAUCCUUACUUGUAACCCUGGCGGGCACAGGAACACAAAGACAUCGCUUCAUCAUGAGGUCCUUCUUCUUACUGCUCUUCUCGCUGUUGUUGGUGUCCCACGGAUCUUCAGCCGUAAUCACAGGGGCCUGUGAAAGGGACUCCCAGUGUGGAGGAGGGAUGUGCUGUGCAGUGAGUUUGUGGAUUCGCAGCCUACGUAUGUGUACGCCCAUGGGACAGGAAGGAGAGGACUGUCAUCCUCUGAGCCACAAGGUUCCCUUCUUUGGCAAAAGGCUUCAUCAUACCUGCCCCUGUUUGCCGAACCUGUCAUGUAUUACCAUCGUGGAAGGCAAAUCCAAAUGUCUCUCACCCUACAAGUAUCCUGACUUCUACCUCUGAGGACCUGCAUUUACACUGUAAAUAUUUUAUCUGCCUUUAAAAGCCUUUUUUAUUUGGAAUAAAGAGAUAUAUUUAACAACGCGUCACCCUAUUGGCUCAAAUUAAACCAUCCAUUUAAAGGAAAACCCUCUUGUCCUUUUGGAUCUUACGCUACCUAAAAUACAUUUUGCCAUUUCAUUUUGUGAUAAACCAAAAAUAAUACAAGCAUAAAUUCAGGGAUUCAUUUCUUUGAUUAGUUUAUUUUUAUUUAACAUUAUUGUCUAUGAAUAAAAUGCCCAAAGGGACACGCCAGCAUUGUUAAGACUCAUACUUAAACAUCGUUUAAGUUCUUGGUGAGCUUGCAGCUGCCCUCUUGGGAAGCAUGAGAAGAAACAUGUGUCAUUGCAGCAGUAAUGAAA